CGAGAUACAUCCAAUCUACAUGGUGGGUACAUCCAUACCGAUGGUACCCUGGUGCAAUUGAGAUUACCUACUUCAAGCGAGACAUCCCAGCAUCCCACUGACCACCUACCCAGGCACCUCUCUAACUUCCUGUGCGCCUCUGCUUAUUUCAAUCAGGGGCUAAUAACCCACUCUCUCUCUCUUUCUCUCUCUCUUGUCCCCAGCCCGAGUUGCCGAUGCGAUCUCUGCAUUCCUACCGCUCUCGUCGAGCCCAACGAUCAAGCCCUCUGUACCUACGUAGCGAGAUCCGGGGCGCAGGUGAAUCAUGAGGCCGCAGCGAACGCCGGAACGGAGCAGCUCGGCAUCCGCCGGCCCCUCUGCCGCUAGUCCUCACACGACUCGAUCCGUGUCGCGGAAACGUAAAGCCACCACUCCGCUCUGGGAGUCCGAUAGCGACGACGAUUAUUACGAGUACGACGACGAUUAUUACGAGUAUGACGACGAUUAUUACGAGUACGAUGACGAGGCGAAGCCCUCCGAGCCCAAGAAGCAGAAGACCGUCGCCACCGUCGAGCGACGGCUAAAAAGAUUCCUCCCCUAUCCGCCCUACCACUUUGACGUCGUCUACCAGCGCGCCACCUCUCAGCGGUUUUACGUCCUGGGGCGGACGCGCUGCGGCACGGCCGAGUGCCCCGAGGAAUCGGUCGAGCUCACCGGCUCCACCGGCAACAUCUACACCGUCCGCAUCGCGCGGGAGCCUGCCUGCACCUGCCCCGACGCCGCGAGGGGCAACCACUGCAAGCACAUCGUAUACGUCAUGGCCAAGGUCCUCCGCGCCCCCUUCGACCUCGUCUACCAGCUCGCGCUCGUCGCCGCGGAGCUGCGGGAGAUCUUCGCCGGCGCUCCUCCCCCCGCGGACGCUAGCAGCGACCGGGAUCGCUCGGGUGCCGACGAGGCACCCGGGGCCCGCAAGGUCCUCGAGGGCGACUGCCCGAUCUGCUACACGCCGCUCGACGGCGCCGAGGACAGCGUGUAUUGCCGCGCUUCUUGCGGCCAGAACAUGCACCAGGCGUGCUUCCAGAUGUGGGCCGUGACGGCGCGCGCGAGCGGCGGCGGCCAGGUCACCUGCCCCAUGUGCCGCGCUCCGUGGGCACAAGGUGCCGACGGAAACGUGCUCAGAGACAUCAAGGAUAGCGGCGUCGUCGGCAGCGAGGGCUACGUCAACGUCGCCCACGAGCUCGGCAUCAGCUGUCAUCGGGGUCCCCGGGCCAAUUACCUGUUGUGGCGUCGUUUUAACGGGUGGUAGAGGUAGUAUAGUAGGAGUCUUGCAUUUCGGCCCUCUCUGUGUGCUACUCGGCAAGUCGAACUACACGAUCUGUUUACCAAUCCGCACCCCAUCCGCCUCCUUAUCUACUAAUGGAGAACCAAGGCCCCGAUAAUAUCUAGCUAGACAAACCUGCCUCGCUAGAACUACUUAACUGAGGUGGCGUGAGUACGGAAAUUCGUCUAUCAGCGUCGUCGCAUUUACGGGUUACUGGAUAUCCUCGGAGUUUUGGCAAUGUAAUUUACACGCGUCUUUCUCGAUUCUCGCCCCCCCCCUUCUCUGGGUACACGGUCCCAUGUGUAUAUAUACAAGGCUACUUAUUCACUCAGUUGCUACUAGUAGCGCAGUUUCGAACUACUAAGGGAUGCCUAUUUAAUCCAACCUUAUCACGUACCCGUCCCUCGUCGUUUUCGGCUCCGUCUGCGAGCGCGGGACACCGUCGUGGGGUUCAACUAGCGAAACCCCUGAAAAGACAAAUGAAAAGAAC